CGUUCUUUGUAUGUAAUUGAACAAUAAAUGUAAUAAUUAAACUGUAUAACUCGUUGUGUUAUCUCUGCGAGUCACCCGAGGGAAACAUAACAUAUACUGACCAAUUUUUAAUCCCAAAGAUGAUGCAACGGUAGAAAACGAUGAUGCAAUACUUGCAAUGCAAUGAAACAGAUUAUACUUUGUGGCCUUUCUGGGUUGACACACAUGUUUCGCCACCUUUUGAAUUAAGGAAGGAUAAAGUAUAUGAUUCCCUUGGAGACCACGUGAAACAUUACCCUGAAGUUCCAGAGGUGUUGCAGUCCCUUCAAAAUGAAGGUUAUAAGCUUGGUGUUGCUUCCAGAACAUGUGCAAUUAAAAGUGCAAAGCAGUUGAUGGAUUUAUUUAACUGGAGUAAAUAUUUUGAAUUUUCUGAGAUUUAUCCAGGAGAAAAAACAAUUCAUUUUUCCCAGUUUCAGAAACACAGCAACAUCCCAUAUGAAGAUAUGUUAUUCUUUGAUGAUGAAGGGAGGAAUGUAACAGCUGUUGGUAACAUAGGUGUAACAGCAAUUCAUGUACACAAGGGCACUGGAGUUACUAAAGAAGUGAUGAAAGAAGGACUAAAAAAAUUUGCUGAAAACAAGAAAAAAGCUGCAUCCUAGCUAGCCUUUUAUGAAAAUCUUCUGUAACUGUUUCUAUUAUUUAAUGUUAGACUUUUGCAAAAUCCUUUCAUCCUGUUUUUAUACACAAAAAUGAAGGAUUACUGUAACACAACCAACCUGAUCAGACCUUAACAUAUGUUUUCAGUUUUUAAGAAAUAUUUAUUAUUUAAAAGAAUAAAUUUAACUUUUAAGAUGCAAUGAA